AUGGUGCAAGUGUUCAUCAACACUGACGAUGAUGCUGUUAUCAACGCACUACCCGGAGUUUCUUCCGCGCUUGCAAAUAGGAUAUUGAAGGCCAGGCCCUUCAACAGCUUUGAGGAGCUCUUGUCCGUGAAGGAGAUGUCUCUCGAACUUCUUCGCAAGUGGAUUCAAAACGGGUUUGAAAUCCAGCUGCAGUUGAGUCACUCCAAAUCUGUUCCUCGACGUCCUCCUCUUCCAAGACUUGAGCAAGAAAAGAGCAACUCGAGGGGGAAAGAGGCAUCCUUGUCUGCGAAUGAACCUCCCGAGCCUUCGCAAAAAGUGUCACAAGUGGAGGAGAUGGGAAAAGAUGACCUGAUGCUCAUGCUCUACAAUCAGCUCGAUGCCAGACUGCGGUGGCUCGAACACAACAGGAUUCGACGAGACAUGUUCCGUUACAUGGAUCAGUGGAACAGCAUACUACAUCAAAGAAAAAGACUAGAAUAUUGCGAAUUCAACCUGCUCUUGCGGACUUUUAAGAGACUCACGAGAAGAAAACUUCAUCUCUGGUUCUUCCACACUCGCAAGAAAGUGAGGCUGCAAAAGAUUGGCGACUUGAUUGCAGGAGGCCCGCGUCGAUCUGUGCAUUUCGCAAACCUAGACAAGGAGGAGUCGAAUCGCCUGCUGGGAAUGAAAGAUCAGGUGCGACUCAACUCCCUCGUGUGGAGCUGGAGACGCUUGAACAAGAUGCUAAAAAUAUGGAAAGUAGCAGCUGUCGUCAAGCGAAAGAUGAGAGACAGUGACAGCGAGAAAGCAGCUCAGUUUGCAGAGAAAAUGCUUGUCGAUAUGAUUGAAGAGACUGGCGAACUCAAUUACGAGAAGGUCGUCGCUUGUGCUCCUGACGAGCAUGUGAGGGUCAAGAGCUGGGCUCGAGCUGUGCAAUCCAAGUUAAGGAGCAUCGUUUACAAGGAGUCAAGGAUCCUAGAGGUUCAAAGACGCAGCCAGAAGAUUUCUCUUUCCGCUGGGCUGCUUCUCUUCCGUAUCUUCGUCGGUUGGCGCAGUCUUGCUUUCAACACCGAGCGAUUGAAGAAUCUAGGAGUGAAGUGCUUGCUGAGAUCACUGUUUGCGACGAUCACUCGAGCCUUCAACAUUUGGAAAGAAAGCAGCUUUUUCACGCAGCAAGAACGAGGACCUCGUAUCCACAUCUUCUUCCGAUGUUGGUUGUUGACCAUCAUCGGGAAGCAUCAAAAGCGUCUGCAGAUGAUCAGACUCAGGACACGUGGGAUUAUGACGUCGUUGAAGACAAUGAUUGAGCAGUGGAGAUUGCAGUCUGACGCUGAGUCAAAGAACUCCAAGGUCUCAGUCAAGAUUGCAGUGCGCUGGACCCUCAUGACCUGCAAGAGAUUCUUCAGGGUCUGGCACCAGCUCUCCCAACAGAGGAGAAAGCAGCGGCUCCUGAUGAAGCCCUUGGCGAGGACGGCACGUGCUCGUCUGUUUCGUCGGUCGUUCACUCACUGGGCGGGCCGAGCUUAUGCUCGGCGACGACGAUGGCACGCAGGCUCUGUCAUCCUAGCAAGACACGAAUUGAUGAUGUUGUCGGACGCGUUCAGUGAUUGGUGGGAGGCCUGUCCGAGGCUGCAGACGAUCGCACAAGAGUCUGACAGCGACAGGGACAGCAUUGAAGACUCUUUUUCUCUACAGGAAACUUUGCUCACUAGACAACAGCGAGCAAGUUUGCAUCUCAAGUCAAUGGAGAGAAUGUGGAAAACUGUGCGCAGCAAUUUGGCUUGCACGCUGUUAAGUAUCAUGCAGAUGCGCAUUCACUUCUUCCAAUGGUGCGGACUGAUUCAAACUCCUCGCGAUUCUGCCAAGGAAAGUCCGUUGCUUCCCUCUAAAGCUGUCAUCGUGAGCAACAGCCCGAGAACGACCUGGUUGGACAAGAACGAGAGCUCGGAGGAGGAUUCUGACACGAGAGAGAUCCUUCCAACCAGCAAGAGGCGGAUAGAUUUCAGUAGACGGUAUGCUCGAAAUGUGAUUUGA